CUUUUCGUCCUGUACUCUUGUGAUUGAUGCGCCCCUACAGCUUUUUAAGCCUCUAACAAACACACGGCCCAGUAAAACCGCCUUGGUCUUAUGCAUAUGAGUAUUUACAUGUAUCUGACGGAGACACGGGCCUGUGUUGCAUUUUGUCAAUGGCCACAGCGACGGUGAAUGUCACUUCGGAAGGACCGUCUAUAAGUUAACGGUAGUUGGUUGUGGAGACCCUUGGGAGUAUUCUAGUGAUAGUUUGUGUAGAGACUAGCCGAGGUGUACUGAAGUCUAUCAGCGGUGGACCCACCCUCUCUCAUUCACAGUGAACAAGCCCAGUGGAUACACAGCGCCUCGGACACUCUCAACCCUGACCGCCUAAAUCAGCGGUCGUGGACAGACUUUCGCAGGAUAGAUGGACUCACUAAAUGAUUCCCUCUGUUUGGACGAACUAGUUGCCGGCUGCGAACCAACAGGACAGAAUAGUGGAAUGACCAUGCAUCAUUUAACGGAAAGUUCCGGAGGUACUGGCAGUGGAGUGACCAGUGAGUUACCACUGUCCGGUUCUGGACAAUGUUCAAGUCAUGCUUCAAUCAGUACUGUCACUUCGACUGACGCUUCUUCUGAGAAAUCAGAUUCCAACGAUGCAAGUAAGCCCAAAGUCGAGGACAGUUCGGAGGAGAGCGCAAAGAAAAAACGACAACGUCGGCAACGGACCCAUUUCACUAGUCAGCAACUGCAGGAACUCGAGGCAACGUUUGCCCGAAACAGAUACCCAGACAUGGCGACGAGGGAGGAAAUCGCAGCAUGGACAAAUCUAACUGAAGCCCGAGUUAGGGUUUGGUUUAAGAACCGAAGAGCCAAAUGGAGGAAGCGUGAACGCAAUAUGGACACUUUCAAGAACGGGUUCGGAACACAGUUCACAGGACUGAUGCAGCCGCCGUUUGAUGAUGGGUUGUAUACUGGGUAUUCAUAUAACAACUGGGCCACGAAGGUCCCCUCGCCCCUGGGGUCAAAGACGUUUCCCUGGGGGUUGAACAUGAACAUGAACAGUCCCGUGAACCCACACUUGUCUUCCGUCGUUUCUACUCAACCGUUGGGCUUCACGUCGUCGCCAAACAACAUCAACAGUAUAAACUCAUCAAUGGUGGCCGGUGUGUCGAGCGUUCCUGGAAACAUGAACUCACCCUCAACACCCUGCCCCUACGCACCGCCAGCCCCACCCUACUAUAUCAACAGGGACCAGUGCUCGAAUAGUAUUGCCGCUCUGCGACUCAAGGCCAAGCAACAUGCGACGUUUCCUUACGGUCCCAUGGCCACCCGACAACCAACGUUGUCCGCAUGCCAGUACGCCACGGUGGGCAAUGGGGGUAGCGUCUGAAGAUGGGCCCUAGACUAGCUGGGUUACAUUUGAUGAGAACUGAGAGUCUGUGUUCUCAUGGACCUUACUGCCAAAAGCGACGAAUCGUUUGAAAGCUGAGGGCAGCAGCGGAUCCCGUGGCACAAGUAUUUGAAAUACGUGCCAGGGCGAGGUGAAAUUCACAAAUCAGGGAUUAUGUGGUGAGGCGUGGACCUCGUGGCAAGACUUGUAUGUAUAUGUGUUUGUGUGAGUGUUUCUGUAAUUUGAUAUAUCGUGAGUUCAUCCGUCAUGUUCUUCUCCACGACGUCCAAAAACCGAUCCCGCCUGAGUCGGGGGUUGGUACCGACAGCCAACGCUGUCUGGACCCACGUCAACCGACGGAAAACGGACAAAUGACGGCAAUGACGGCCAACGUAUUGUAUGCAGUGCUAGAAGGCUCAGAACCGGACAUCUGACCACUGAACAGUGUCAGGCCAGUGGCAGGGCCAGAAUAUAUUGCCAGUGCAACGCUGCACUAUGCAUAAGAAGGAAAAUGACAUUUACUUUCCUUGUAAACGUUGACUUUGAUGUGCUACUCCUGCCUAGCAGAGCGUGGGAACGUAUGGGGGCAUACGGGCCGUGUCGCCAUGUCGGACAAGCCUAUGGUAGCCUCUCACUGAAUCAUGACGUCCUUCCGUGAAUAGCAGCAACUUCUAAACGACCUUCUAUAUAUACCUGGUUUCAGUAGCUCCCGUAAUAGUUUGGACAUAUAUUGUAUUUUCUGUAGAGCCACGGCGUGCCAAAUCUGUAGUACAACUCCUCUUAGGUUUCUUUAGUCUCUGACACAUGUCUACUCAGACACAGCUCCCUAAGUAUCGAAGUCGAGAUUAAAGCACGAAUCAAACAUGAUUGAAAUCGCCAUUUCUGUUAUCGAUGACAUAUCGUUGCACAUAUCAGUCAUAUUGUUUCAUUGUUUCAAGGGUAACAGUAACACGAAUCUCAUGAAAUGUACAACUACGUCCGUAGAUGUCCUUGUAAUUUUCAGUUAUGCGCAAUGAAAUCAGACAGGGUCAACAUUACCUCCAGCUAAUCACUAGCCCUUAGGUCACGUGGCAGGCAAAUCAAGGCCUUCUGCAAGCGUUCAUGGGGAUAAUCGAUUAACGAAUUAGCCAUUCAAUAUAUUGAUUUGACCAUUAUAUAGAGGAGUAAAGUAAAGCGGACCCAGAGUCCGCGGUGGUCAGUAAGAGUGCUAUGUGAAGGUCAUUGUCCAUUUUUAUCAUGAAUAAUUACAACAAUGAUGUUUUUAUGUGUACAGUACGAAGUCCGAAAUACAAAAAUAUCAGUAUGAAUAAAGUAGAUGACUGUUUCUUAGAAAGAAAUGUUGAAUAAAUUAUGAUUAUAACCUA